GUAUACGUAGCAGCGUAUCAACCUUGGUGGCCAGAUUCGCCCUACCUCACCACCGCGCUCACCUCCCCCCGUCACCCGCCCUGAUGAACCGCCGCCAUUGAAGCUAAGUACAAAGGAGUUGAUUGGGCAGAAGUACCUAGUCGAUGUCACAGAGGUGGCAACGGACAUCGACGAGACACUGGGGGAUCUGCGGCAUCGCUAUGUCGAGUGCGGGGAGGUUUUCGGUGUCGGCGCCGAAAACAUCUGGCUCUCGGCGUUCCUCACGGUGUACGAGCGUGGCGGGUCGAAGCGGGUGAAGGUGCGCGGUAUCGACUUGGAGGGGAACCCCGUCACCCACACGUACAAGAUGCACGAGCGGCACCUCGACAAGCACUAGUAUGGGAGCAGCUAUGCGGACUGCGUGCUGAUGUGCCAGAAGCACGCCAAAGAUACCAUGAUCAACGUACGAGAGCGGAUGCGGGAUCUGCGUAUCUACUCGGAUGCAGCGGCAUCUUCGAGCACAAGCUGCCCGGCUUCGACGUGAAGGCAGCGGAGACGGAGCUCGCAACGUGGGCGCCGAUCAUGCAGAAUCAUCACGAGGUGGAGAGCUUCCACCAAGGCCUGGCAAACUACCUCACGAAGACGGACUCAAGCAG